AUGUAUACACUUUACCUAUUGGUAAUUGCAUGCAUUGCUUAUCUUGCCUCAACGAUAUUUAGAGCCAUCGCAACCAAGGUGCCUGGGCCAUGGUAUACGAAUCUCACCAGUUUCGUGUUGAAGUACUAUGAGUUUCAAGGGAAACGUCGAGUCUGGAUUCACAGUUUACAUGAACGCUAUGGACCUGUUGUUCGUCUAGCUCCCAAUGAGGUCGCAUUUGCCAAUUUGGAAGGAAUGAAAGAAAUCUACCAAAGUGGUGGAAGUGGCUAUGACAAAACAGAGUUCUACAAUCUUUUCAAGCAGUACGGUCGCCGACCCAUGUUCGCACUCUUGAACAAAAAUGAACAUUCGCAACGAAGAAAGCUAUUUGCGGAACGAUAUGCCAUGACCAACAUUUUGAACUCCACUAUUAUCCAGGGAAUUCAGCAGAAUGCUGCCAAGGUUGUCCAAAAAUGUGCUGCUUCUGCUGGUAGUUAUUUAGACACUUAUACGGUACUUCAUUGCUAUGCCCUUGACUGUGCUUCGCAUGCUCUCUUCAAUCCAUCUGGCACAAAGUCCCUUGAUGAGAAGGAGGAUUAUGUAUUGAUGGAGGAUCUUUCAUACGACGAUCGGCUCCAAAGCAGGCUUGUUCAGCAUCACUGGCCCGUCUUGGCAUCUAUUCGGUCUUGCUUCACCCCUAAACCUAUGAUGUCUCUGUCCCAUACGUUUGUUCUUAACAGAGUUUCCAACACAAAGACGGAAGAGUCAGCUCUGCUCCAUAAGCUGCGAAGCAAGGCCAACAAUAUUGAAGAAAUUCAGAUGGCCGCGGAAUGUAUGGAUCACUUAGCUGCGGGAAUCGAUACAACAGGCGAUGCGCUCUGUUUCCUCAUGCAUGAGUUAUCCCUUCCAAGGUCACUUUCGGUCCAGAAGCGUCUCCACCAGGAAAUCAUUGACAACCCGAACGCCAAACUCGACGAUUUACCGUAUAUGGACGCUGUUAUCAAGGAAGGGCUAAGACUUUUCCCACCGAUCCCAAUGAGUCUGCCUCGAUAUGUCCCCAAAGAAGGGAGAGAUAUCAGCGGUUACUCACUUCCUGGGAACUCGAUUGUUAGCUGUCAAGCCUAUUCGAUGCAUCUGAUGGAUACAUCUGUAUUUCCUAAUGCGUCGGAAUUCCUUCCGGAGAGAUGGCUUGAGAAGGAAGGGGAAGCGGAGAGAAACAGACUUUUCUUUGCAUUCGCCGCUGGAGGUCGAGGAUGUAUCGGAAAGAACCUUGCCCUUGUCGAAAUGAAGACGCUUCUCCGAGACAUUUAUGGCAGGUUCACGACAAACAUCGCACCCCAGAUGUCUAGUGACAUGUCGAUUGACGACCAGAUUAUCGCAUCACGACCAAAGGACCAAAAAUGUCUUCUCACAUUCCAAGAAGUAUCGGUUUAA